CGGUCGCGCGGUCACACUAGUUCGCACGUGUUGCGAUUUGUUUUUUUUUAUUGGCUACUUUCUUUAAGCAAUUCCCGCGUGGAUCAUGGGCAAAUUCCGGUCGAAGCUGAAGCGUCAUGGCAAGGGGAAGACGUGGAGCAAGGGCCAGUCGGCCACCUCCAAUCCCGACCAGAUGAAGCACCGCCUGAAGGCCAAGUCGCGUUUCUUCCAGCCCAAUUUGAGUUUGGCAGCGGCUGCCACGCCCACUGGCCUCACUCUGGAGGCGGUCCACAAGCACGAGCAGAGACAGGCUUUCAAUGCGGAAACCACGACAGUGAACGAUGUGGCCGGCAGUUUGAGGAGCUUCAAACUGGACGACGAAGAUGAGGGCAUGUCCGGAUCUGGGACCGCUCCCACGGGCACCUUCAAGACCUUCCAGACCUUCGCCUCCAACUACAGCAGCUGCAGCAACACCAGCUUCCGCAAACUGCUCACCGGCUUCCGGGCCUCCUCCGAUCUGCACAAGGAGAUGCUGGCCAUCCUCAGCGCCCUCACCGAGAUCAUCCGCGAGAACGGCGGCGGCGAGUCGUCCACCGAGUACUUUCUGCUCCUCAUGGAGCAGAUCGAGGCCGCCACCGAGGAGCGGGACAUCGUGGCCGGCGUGGCGCUGCUCUCCAUGGGCAUCAAGUCGGUGCCAGCUCCUGUGCUGAGGAAGCGGUUCGCCCAGACCGCCGCCACCAUGCAGACGCUGCUCCAGCGGUUCGUGGACGCCACCAACCAGUCGGUCAUCCGAUAUGUAAUCGGCUGCCUGUCCGUCCUGCUGCGUGCCCAGGAUUAUGCGACAUGGACAUACAGCUCCACGUUCCAGUACUUCGAUGCCCUGCUGGCGUUCAGCAUUCACUCCAAGCCGAAGAUCCGCAAGGCGGCCCAGCAUGCGGUGGUGUCCAUCAUCCACGGCAGCUGCUUCAUGCUGCCGCCUGUGAAGUCCGAGGAGGAUCCGGAUCAGGAUCAGAAGGCGGCGGUGGAUCAGGCCAAGGUGAAGCACCAUCCGGCCAGCAAUCGGGUGACCAAGUUCUGUCUGGCCCAGUUCAAGCCGGAGGUGCUGGCCAAUGCCCAGACGACGGUGCUCCACACGCUGGCGCUGCUGAAGGACACACUAUCCGGCUUCCGGACGGAGGACAUACGCAGUGUUUGCGAGCAUCUGCUCUCCAUUAUGACGGCGGCCAAUGUGCUGGUCCGCACGAACUGUUUCCAGGCGCUGCAUGCCCUCUUCCUCACGCGCAGCCCCAACUUGAAUGCCUCACUGUGCGCCAAGCUGCUGGCGGCCAUCCACGAGUACCGGCCGGACAGGAGCGAUGUCCGGCAGACGCUCGCCUGGGUGACCGUGCUGAAGGAGGGCCACCUCCAUUUGGCCAACCUGCAGCUGGAUCUGUGCAUGCAGGCCCUGCCGCGCCUCAUCGACGUCUGCACCACGGAUCUGUGGCUCUCGGAGCGAACGGAGCUGGUUGUGGGCGUCUCGAACUGCAUCAAGGAGUUGCUGCAGGACUGCGUGGCCCGGGCAUGUGCCACGCCGGAGGAGGCGCAGCGAAACCGGCAGAGUGUGGCCAGGAUUAUCGCUUCACUGCACAAGGUCCUAAACGCUCCCUUUGGGGAGAUCUCCAAAUACGUCAUCCUCAUCUUCUCCAUUGUUUUUGAGGCAUGUGGCAAACAAUUCGGUUCGGAACUCACACCCUCGCUGCUGACGAUCUCCAAGCGGUACGACAGCCAGAGCGGCCAUCGCCUGCAGAUCGAACACACCUUGAUCAGCGCCAUCAAGGCCCUGGGACCCGAGCUGAUCCUCACGGCGAUCCCCCUCGGCGAUGGCAGGGGCGGCAUGCAGCUGGAGCGCUCCUGGCUGCUGCCCCUGCUGCGCGAGGGCGCCAACGGGGCCAGCCUGCAGUUCUUCAGGGAGAAGAUCGUGCCGCUGGCCAUGGACUGCCAGCAGAAGUGGAAGGAGUUCAGCGAGGCGAAGAACAAGUCGUCGUCGCACAUCUACGAGCUGCUGUGCUGCCAGCUGUGGGGCCUGUUCCCUGGCUUCUGUCGCCAGCCGAGGGAUCCGGAAUACCUGCGUCAGCUGGCACCCACUUUGGGCGCCGCUCUGGAAAAGAAUCCGGAGUUCAGGCCACCCAUCUACGAUGGUCUGAUGGAGCUGCUCGACGACAGCCAGAGCGCUGAAUGCCAUCAGGCCAUUGGCCUGUAUGCCAAGAACUUUCUGCCACGCCUCUUCAAUAUCUACACACAAAAGCCGAGUGGCACUUACGAGGCCGAUCAGCGGAAGCAUGUCCUGGACGUCAUCCGUUUGUAUAUCUCCCGGGCUCCGGCCGAAGUGCAGCAGCAGCUCUUCGAAAACUCGCAAGGGCAGUUGGCAGCCAGUGCCGUGGCCAGCUUUGAAUACGAUGCCCUGUUUGAUAUUAAUGCCGCCAUUGUGCGGGUGCAAAAGUGCCGGGGAAUCGAAACCUAUUUCGAGAAGUAUAUGGCACCCGUUCUGAGAAACGAUAAAUCCAAAUUGGUGGCCAAGGAUGAGCAGAAACUGAAGAAGCAGCAGAGGAAGACCUACGAACUCCUGCGGGAAUUAAUGACCUCGGAGCAGGCAUCGUGCCAAAAGUUCACCCGCAAGAACAGUAUCGCCCUGCAGCAGAUACUCCUCGAGGCCUUCGCCACCAGCUGCAGCGUUUGCCAGGCCUCGCGAUUGUACUGCCUGAAAUCCCUGAUGGAGUGCCGCAGCAAUCUGGUGUACAACGACCAGCUGGUCAUGAAGGCCAUUCCCGAGGCGGUACUCAACUAUAAGGAGUUCUCCACGCGCAAGGAGCAGGUGGCCGAGCAGCUUAUCAAAUCGAUCACACAACUCUACCAGGAUGCGGGCAAGAUCAACGAUUUUGUGGACAUCCUGACGGCUGGAUUCACUGGCGACGAGUCGCUGGUCACGAACACGAUCCUGGCCUUUAGGGCUGUGCUCCAGCAGCAGGGCCAACACUUAACGGUGGCCACUCUCGAGUUUGUCCUGCAACAGGUCUCCGUUUUCCUCGUCCAAAAGUCACGCAAUCAAUCGGAGGCAGCCGUUGCCUUCCUGAUCACAUUCAUCAAGGUGAUGCCCAUACCGCUGGUGUCCAAUCAUCUGGAGACGAUUAUGCGCGCCCUGUCUGCCAUGACCAAGGACACGAAGCGCUACUGUCGCAUUCAGAUUGGUUACUUUCUGAAGAAGCUCUGCAAGCGCUUUAGCACCGAGGAGCUGGCACGCUUUGUACCCGGCGAUGAUGAUGUGACCCACCGGCGGCUCAAGAAGAUCCGCAAACAGAUGCGCCGGGAUACGCGCAAGAAGCAGAACGAGGAGGCCCAGGCGGAUAGCUCCGAUGAGGAGCUGGGUGGCGGACUGGAGCAGAAGAGCUAUACCAUUGAUGAUAUUCUGGCUGACUCCGACUCGGAUCUGCCCGAGGAUAUGGACGCCGAGGAAGAGGGCGGAGCGGGAGGAGCGGCCGCUGCUGCUGCUGGCAAGCGAAGCAAAAAAUCCAAGCAGCAGAAGAGCACCUACAUUCGCGAGGAUCCCGACGAGAUUGUCGAUUUGGCCGAUCUCAAGUCCAUUGGCAAUGUGUUGACCAGUGGCUCCGCACAAACGGCAGCCACCGCCAAGAGCCUGAAGACGAAGCCGCAGCUGGCGAACGGAGGCUUCAAGACCGCCGACGAUGGCCGCCUGAUCAUCAGCGACAAGGCACUGCGCGGCCAGGGUGGCAAGGAUGAGUCCGAUUCCGACUCCGAUUCCGAUGCAUCGAUGGCCGAUGGCACGGCGGCCAAGGAGCCGAAGGCCAAGCGCGGCAUGGAGGACGAUUCCAGCGACGAGGAGGAACUGCAGCAGCAGCAAUCGGUGGCUGCCAAGCGGACACGCAAGGGCGGCGAUGCGAUGAGCACCAAAUCCGGCAAGACCACCGCCAGCAGUCGCUACACAGCCGGUGGCAAGGGCAUCCAUCGACAUCUGGCGGCUGGUGGCAACUCAGAUGCAAUGUCCGUGAAGUCAGGAAAGUCCGCCAGUCGACCGGCGGGCAAUGAAUACAGCAGCAAAAAGGCCAAGGGCGAUAUGAAGAAGCGCGGACAACUGGAUCCAUAUGCGUAUAUACCACUGACAAGGAAUAACCUCAACAAGAGAAAACGUUCAAUGAACUCGCGGAAAUUCAAGAGUGUUUUACGAGGAGCUGGCGCCGAAACUGGAGGAGCUGGAGGCGGUGGCGGUGGCGGCCGGGUUUCCAAGAAAUACAAAUAGUUUGGAGAGUCAGGCCACUAAAUAAACUGGAUAAUAAAGCUAUAGAGAUAUAGAGAUACCUAUAUAAUAACAACGGGAUAGUGCGGACGGCUGGCUGAUAAGCAAGCUAAGACGUUGGGUAUUAUUUCCCUUGUUACCUUGCUUAAAUAUAUAAAUAUAAUUAAUAACGUACGCAUGUGGAGACGUUGUAAAUGCCAGAGAUAAAGUUAAAAAGAAAACGGAAUAGUCAUGUGUUAAAUGAGAACAGCUUCUUUAACUGUUGAGUUUUACAGACUUUAAGUUUAAAUAAAGAAUUUUCAAAGCAAAACAAUAA